AUGACGACAGCCACGACGUCGUCGAUCGGUGGUUUUGGAAAAGCCGAUGAUAACAUCAGAAUCCUUCUCAUGGCAUCGGUUCGCAAUGAAUUCGGCGAUUCUUGCGUCUUCACAAGACUCGGUGUCACCGCAUUGGGACAACAUUACGUGCUCGUGGCACGAAAAAGAUUCCUCGCCGGUUAUCAGACACACAUGAUUACUGCAAAUAUGCGAAAUCGGCCGUUCAUCUCAGCACCCUUCAAAAUCAGCGGAACACAGACGCUGGCCGAGUCACGCGAGUUCAUUGAACGGCUUGGAGUCGAACUCGCCAAACCAGGAAUGUUCUCAUUCGAUGCACAACCGGAAGGAUGCUGCAUUCCGGUGGGCAAGGAAUGGAUUCAGCUAGACGAGGUUCCCGCCGAAGUGCACAAUGAUCAAGACGCAUUUUUAGAAAAAGGUGACGAGGUGUUCUGUGAGGUCAUCGUGUCCGGCGUCAAAUUCUACCACAGCGGAAUCUACGCGGGAAACGGCGAUGUUUAUCAUUUCGUUUGUGAUCCGCAAGAAUCGGAAUCGUUCGCCGACGCACUUCAAGUUUUUCAUGGCGUUCCAGCGCGAGUUCUCUAUGACUCAUGGUUCGAGUAUGUCUACGCAUUAAUUGAAGUUUCAGAUGUGCCGCCGAGAAUCUUCCGAGUGUCCCAUCCAUUAAUAUGCAGGUCUGGCGACCAGGUUGUCAAAGAGGCUGAAAAUCUGCAAUCAAUAAUGUUCAAUUACGACAUUCGCCGCUCAAACUGUCAACAUUUCUCAUCAAUGUGCUCGACGGGAGUCGCAUUCUCCUACGACAUGACGUCAAACUUCAAAUAUUUUGCAUGCACCGUUUUGAAGCCGACGUCGACUGUCGUCUGCGCGAUGGCUCGAUCUCACAAAGAUCGCUCCAGCUUCAACAGCUCGUCCUCAUAA